CGCGGAGGACAUGUUGGCUCCACUCAGGAAGUGCACGUGGUGGACGUUUGCACGCAGACAGACAUCACCUUCGAACACAUCAUGGCCCUGGCCAAGCUCCGAGCCACCACCCCUCCCGUGCCUGACAUCUGCCCUUUCCUGCUGUCUGACAGUUGUCACUCUCUCCACACUAUGGAACAGGAGUUCUAUGAGGGGACAGACUACCUCUCCACCCUCCCAGACCAACAGAGGACAGAGGAGUUUGAGUACGAGGAGGUGGAGCUGUGUCGACUCAACAGCCAGGAGAAGCUGGGCCUGACGUUGUGCUACAGGACAGAUGAGGAGGAGGACAUGACCAUCUACGUCAGCGAGGUUGGGCCAAACAGCAUCGCUGCAAGGGAUGGACGCAUCAGAGAAGGGGACCACAUUUUACAGAUCAAUGGUCAGGAUGUGCAGGACAGAAAGGAGGCUGUAGCGGUGCUCUCUAGUGAAGAUACUAGGAAAUUCGUACUGCUGGUUGCCAGGCCCGAGAUACAGCUGGAGGAAGCGUGGUUGGAUGAUGAACACAGUGAAUUCCUGGAGCAACUGAAGAUGGAAAUGUUGGAAGAGCAACAGAGAGAAGAGAUGGAGCUAGAGGCACUUCAGGAGAAGACCAAAGGAGAAGAGGAUGACAUCACUGCCACCUGUUCCUCCAGAACUCAGGACAGUGGGCUGGGGAUGUCGUUAAGGAACAGCAUCGACGCCCCCGACCACAACGCCCUCCUAUCCCACAUCCAACGGAGACUCUCCCAGUGUCUGAGGGACAGACAGGACUGUCCCACGCGUCUGGACGAAGAAGAGGAGGAGGAGGAAGAGGAGGAUGUUGCAGAGGAUGGAGAUCGGUUCCAGCAGCUCUUGGAGCUGAAGUGUCAGAUCCGUAACAGCGGCGAGUAUGACCUGAUCUAUAGCAGACGCAGCACUAUAGAGUGUAGGCUGGGAGAGCCGGCCGGUGGAGUGCAGCGUGAGCUCCGCAUGCUCAAUGACGAGCUCCGUAGCAUCGAGCUAGAGUGCCAGAACAUCAUGCAGGCACACAAGCUCGGCAAGGGGCCGGUGGGGUCCCAGUGGAACCAGGGGCAGCAAGUGUUUCCACAAAUUGUCUGCCCCACACCUAAGGACCAAAGCUCCCACCUGGGGUGCAAUGACUCACCUAGAAGAAGCAAGCUGGUGGACAUCAACGAGUGUCCGGAGAAGUCAGACAAGGAUCAAAGCUCGAGUGCCUACAACACUGCAGAGAGCUCUCGCAGCACGCCACUGGCAAUGGACCGCUCCCCUGAGCACUCCCUUCAGAGGAGGAUGGUGACCAUCACCAACCAGAGGAACCUCCGCAGCAGCAUGGCCAGCCUCCACACUACAGCCAGCCCCAGCCCCAAACACCGGCCUCUCCACUGGGCCCCCAUCCCAGGCAAGGCCAGCAGCCCAGACCACAGCCUUUACCCCUCCGAGUCGGACAAGGUGGCCCCUGCAAACAACGAAAGGAGUGGGUUGGGGAACUGGAAGGUGAAGCCUCAGCCUCCUCCCAGGGCCUCCCAGAUCCCUUACCUAUCCCCGUCCCAUGACUCCCAGCACCGCCAGCCCAACGGCAACAUCCCGGCCCACGCUCGCCACUACCAGAGCUACAUGCAGCUGAUUCAGCAGCGCUCGGCUGCAGAGUACGCCCAGAGCCAGCUGAGCCUGCUCAGUGGGGUCAAGGAGCCCCAGCUGAGCCCCGCCAUCGAGCCUAAGAUGGAAUGGAAGGUAAAGAUCCGUUCGGACGGCACGCGCUACAUCACCAAGAGACCAAUCAGGGACAAGAUCCUGCGGGAACGCGCCCUGAAGAUCAAAGAGGAGCGUAGUGGAGGGAUGACCACGGACGACGACGCUAUGUCCGAGAUGAAGAUGGGGCGGUACUGGAGUAAAGAGGAGAGGAAGCAGCAUCUGGUCAGGGCUAAAGAACAGCGGAGGAGACGAGAGUUCAUGCAGCGGAGCCGACUGGAGAGCCUGAGGGAGAGUCCUCAGAGCAGCAGCGAAGGACGCAAGGAGGUCAGCAUCAUCGAACUGAGCCACAGGAAGAUGAUGAAGAAGCGCAACAAGAAGAUCCUGGACAACUGGAUGACCAUUCAGGAACUGAUGACUCACGGCGCCAAGGCCCCUGAUGACCCCAGGGCCAAAGUACAUAAGGCCUUCCUGUCGGUCACCACUGUAUAAUAUACAACUAACACAUAACAUUCUAUAGCAGUGUUUCUCAACCGUAUUCAUACCAGGAACCAGCAAGCUAUGGCCCUACCCCGGUGAGCAACAUCCCAGGGACCGGUGCUGGUCUCCGGACUGGAAUUUGAGAAACACUGAUCUACAGUACCCCAUGUGGUAUUAUAUACUUGCCUCGUUCAAUGUGGCGUUUUUAUGAGGGCGAUAGGAAUAUUUUUCACAACUUUGUUACCCGAAAAAUAGCAUUUUCUAAAGAAUUUUAACCAAUGGUUUCCAUGGCAUUAAACAAAAUCUGUUUUUCAUUAUUUCACUCUGUUCCAGAAACACUUUUGUAUGAGAUUACUGAGCAAUUAUUUUUCUUAGUUCAUCCUGUAAAUGUAAUUACCUGCAUAGUGUUCAAUUAUUUUCAUAUUUCUGUUCUGUUAUGCAGUGAUUCCAACCCACACAGGUCAGAAUAUUUGAAUGUACUCCCUCAGGGGGAGAGGCGUUCAACUGAAUGUACAGUACAGAAAUCCUACUUCUUGCAGGUCUAGAUUUGAUAAACCAGCCAUUUGAUUUGUCCUUUAAAGGGACACUUCUGUAUUUUGGUAUGAAGGAAGUUAGAGGUAGGUUUCCGAGCCAAUGCUAACUAGCAUUAGCGCAAUGACUGGAAGUCUAUGGGUAUCAGCUAGCAUGCUAGCAGAUUGGGCUCCCGAGUGGCGCAGCAGUCUAAGGCACUGCAUCUCAGUGCUAGAGGCAUCACUACAUACAUCACUACUGGUUCGAUUCCAGGCUGUAUGACACCUGGUCGUGAUAGGGAGUCCCAUAGGGCGGAGAACAGUUGGCCCAGAGUCAUCCGGUUUAGGGUUUGGCCGGGGUAGGCCAUCAUUGUAAAUAAUAAUUUGUUCUCAACUGACUUGCCUGGUUAAAUAUAAAAAUGAAAAGUAAAAGAUUCCCAUAGACUUAGUCAUUGCCUAAUUUUACAACUUCCUUCAAACUGCACGCAGAGACAUAAAAAUGGUAUUCACAAGUUCAUCUGACUCUGGGGAAGUAGAUAAAGUGCCUCUGCCAAAAUCCGAAGUAUCCCUUUAAAGGUCAUAAACAGUCAAAAUAAUGUUUUUCAUGAAAUUGGAUAAUAUGUGGAUGAAACUAGAUCAAGGUUCUUCUACAUUGACAAAAUUUUAUCAUAGAGUCACUGGUCC